AUGCUCCACUCACAAUCAUCCAACCACCUUCCCCAUCUCCCCAACCCCUCCACCCCGUCCUCCCCCCUUCCGCCCAACAGCCAGGGCUCUCUUCUCGCGCACGCUGCUCCUCAUCUCACCACCAGGGGAGGCUCUCGACUUCAUUCUCUUCAUGCUCCACUCACAAUCAUCCAACCACCUUCCCCAUCUCCCCAACCCCUCCACCCCGUCCUCCCCCCUUCCGCCCAACAGCCAGGGCUCUCUUCUCGCGCACGCUGCUCCUCAUCUCACCACCAGGGGAGGCUCUCGACUUCAUUCUCUUCAUGCUCCACUCACAAUCAUCCAACCACCUUCCCCAUCUCCCCAACCCCUCCACCCCGUCCUCCCCCCUUCCGCCCAACAGCCAGGGCUCUCUUCUCGCGCACGCUGCUCCUCAUCUCACCACCAGGGGAAGCUCUGGACUUCAUUCUCUUCAUGCCGCCUGCUGCUGUCGUGCUCGAGAUUCAACCCUCCUCUCAUCCCUCCUCCUCCCACCGCGCUCUCUCUCACUCCCUCUCCCUCCGUCACCACACUCUCUUCUGCAAAUACCGCAACCUUCCCGGGCAGCCCGAAAAACUCCUCUGCGACAGACUCGCGUUGACCCUGCUCAUGCAGCUCCUCUCAACCGAAGUUUUCUUCAGUCCGGCGCUGCCCGGAGGCAGCCGGGCAGAACGGGCAGCCCUGCGAACAAAAUCCAUCCCAGGGUCUCUUAUCCACGGGCAGCAACAGGUGAAACUUUUCAAAAACUGGGCAGCCUGCAUCGGCAACAAGGGCAAGUGGGUUCGAAACCCGAAACCCCGCACCCUCCCUUGGGAUUACCGUGGGGUAAGCAACAUGUGCGACAGAAGAUACCUCGAAUCACACCCUACCGGCAUGGCAUAUGCAAAGUAUGCAGAUGCAUACGCAGUGAGUCCUGGUGCAACUGAGGAGGGAUGGACAGUACGGGAGGGGGUGAAGUACGAGUGGGUGGUUGGCCCCUCCACAUGCCUGGCACCUCAAGUGCCCGAGGAGAUUAAAGCCUUUGAGCGAUCGGCCAAGGCGCGACUCGAGGAGAUUCAGCGGGUGGGGCGGGGCAGGCGCAUUCUAGUGGUGGGGGACUCGAAGCAGUACCAGAUGGUGGAGUCUUUCUUGAACCUGAUGGCGUGGGAUAGGAAGAAGCCGGCAUGGGAGAUGGUGGGGUUGGAGGAUCACCCGAAGCUGUGUGUGGACGUGCUGGGAGGGGACCCCGCCAAGAUGUCCCAUGAGUUCUGCCAGUGGUACACCUUCAACUCCUCAGCGUGCCCAGGCCUAAGGGUAGACUACCUUCGCAACGAUCACAUCUCCAUCUUCGAUUCCCGAGGCCCCAAUUUCGAUCGCAUGCCAUGGGCUCAGCCGGGCGUCGCUGACAUCCCCUCUGCAGACGUCGUCGUUUUGAAUAGAGGCCAGCACUGGACCCCCACGCCGCUCUUCGUCUCGGGCGUACAAAACGCGUUGCGCUUCGUGAGGUACAAUUUCCCGGGCUCGGCAUCCCGGCAGCAGUUUGCCUCGGUGCCGGACCUGGAGGCAGCCAUGUACACCGAAGCUGCGAACUGGCCAUGCGUGCGGCUGUUAUCAACUGAAGGGCCUAUUGGGUGCGGAAACCCUGGCAGGGAAAUCGUAUCCGCCCCGAUUCAGGCCAUCUCCUCGCCCUCCGAGCUUUCUCUCCUCCACUCCCCUCGAGCACUCGUGGUGUCGCCAGCAGUGCUGCACCGCGUGCUCUCACUAAUAUCCAAGGAUCCAAUCCUUGUCAGCAACGUGGCAGGGAUCAUGGUAGAGUCUGCUAACCAGUCAUCUGUUCCUGCCCUCUCCCCCUCGUCCCCCUUCCCCCAGUCCCCCUUCGCCACCUACCCCAACACCUCAUACCCCUGGAACCCCGUCGGCUCAUCUCUUGAUCGCUUGCCAUUCCAGCUCCCGGUCUCCCUCCUCUCGGAUCAAGCUACAGCUGAUAUACGCCUUAAAGCAGAGGCCAACAGUCGACGGGACUUCCGCUACCCGCUUUACAUGGCUGAAUUCGAUGCCAUCAUGACCACCACGCGAAUAGGAGCAACCACAUCCCAAGCCUGUCUCGACAACCUUUCCUGCCUCCCCCUCGGAGGCUACAGUGUGAUGGCAUCUCUACCUCCCAUAGACGUUGCAAGCAAGGAACCUUCCAGGAAGCCGCUGGUGAUCGCCAUGGCUCAGAUGGAUGCUGCCUCGCUCUUCCGUGACGCUGCUGUUGGGGCGGAGUCCCCUAUUUCCGUGAGUUAA